AUGUCCAGGGAUGACGUGUUUUUCCAGGCCAACCCGGAAGUUAGCGACGCACUGGAGAUCUCUUCAGAUAGCACUUUUCAUUUACUGCCAAACAUCAGCUUUCAAGAGUUUGAGUCCUUUCAGAUUUCUGGACUGAGACGGCUGAAGGAAAUGUUUCACACAUUUGUGUUGUGUUUGUUCGCGUGGCAUGUGAACGGUGCGUUUUAUGGUAAUACAUGUGAAGAAAAGUCAGUGAUGGAGGGAGACUCUAUCACUCUGUAUAAUUUUUAUGAAGUCAAAUACAGGCUUUUUAUGAUAGAGUGGAAGUUUGGAGCUCAAGAGUCUCGUAUAGUUAAAUUCUACACAGAUGAAGGGAAGAUCUUAAUACAUAAUGAUGUUCUUGAUGGGAUGUUCAGAGGCAGACUGGAGGUGGAUGAUCAGACUGGAUCUCUCACCAUCACAAACAUCACGACUCAACACACUGGACUUUAUGAAAUGAUCACCACCAGCAGCGCCCGGAUCAGCGAUGGGAUUAAACUCACAUCAUACAAAUUCUACGUUAAUGUUUACGCUCAUCUUCCUGUUCCUGUCAUCAGCAGUUACUGUCCGCAGAAUCAUCCAGCGUCGGAAGGAUCUUCAGUCUCAAAAUGUGUGUUGCUGUGUUCAGUAAUGAAUGUGCAACGUGCGACUUUCUCCUGGUACAAAGGAAACAGUUCAUUGUCCAGCGUCAGUGUGUCUGAUCUAAACAGCAUCGUGUCUCUACAUCUGGAUGUUGAAUAUCAGGAUACAAACACAUACAGAUGUGUGAUCAGCCAUCCGUUUGGAAACCAGACUCAACAUGUAGACAUCGCUCAUGUCUGUCACAAGUGUUCAGACUGUGUCAACUGUUGCGAUACCACUGAAGGUUUCAUCCGAUUGGUCGUCUCUGCUCUGGUGGGCAUGGCGGCUGUAGCUGCUCUUGUUGUUCUGAUUUAUGACAUCAGAUCCAGAAGAGAGGAAACAGGAAAGAAGAUCGUAGAUCAUCUAGCGGAGGCCACGCCCCCUAGUGACAGCAACACAUUUUGA